AUGGCUGCUUUGCAGCAGCAUGUAGCCAACAUCAAGCGUGCGUACUACUCGCAAGAUGCUCGUUCCCUUUUGGCCGCCUUUCGCGUGGAUGCGACAACCUUCUCCGCUUUGCAGAACGACUUGAACAAGACCCCACGCCGAGACCUCGCUGAUUGGGUUAUGGGCCAGAUUCCGUUAUCUGGAGCACCGACCGACUCGGAUCGCUUCCAGACGCUCGUCGCCGACUUUCUCUCGUACAUUCGCGAUCAUGCUCCCCUUCAAUACGCCGCACCGUCCACAGAGCCCCCGCACCCGACCGAUUGGGAUCGCGCGUACGAUGCAUGGGCGCUCGUCUACUCGCGCGCUUCCGCCUUCUUUUCGCUACCCGAUGCGACUUGGUUCGUCCCCUGCCUCCGCUUCUUCGCCUCGAGCCUUGUCACGCUGGCUAUGGCUGUAGAUCAACGCAACGACGCAGUACGAAAGCGCAAGACCACAGACGCAGCAGGCAAGCUCUCUAAGGCAGCCGGUAUGGCGGGCAACGAUCGGUCGCAGGCUCCCGGGUCCGAGACCAAACGUGCUGCGGUGCUCAUGCUGGCCAACCUCAGCUUCAAGGCGUACUUCAAGCUCAACAACACUCGCCUAUGCGAGACUGUGCUGGGCAGCGUAGAGAACGCUCUCAAAGUGAAUCGCCUCUUUGCGCGCAACAACGGCGUCGACGACGAUUCGGGGGAAGCCUGUUACUCCAAGGCGGAUCGUGUCACCUAUCGCUACUACCUUGGACGCUUGCGUCUCUUUCAACACAACAUCCGAGCCGCAUCUACCCACCUUCGUUGGGCAUUCGACAACUGCACGCUCAGGAAUCUCCAGAACAAGAGGUCGAUAUUGAUCCCACUCGUGGCCACGUACCUCAUUUUGGGCAGAUAUCCACACGGUUCCCUUCUCGAUGCAGCCAACCUGUCGCCUGUCUACGGCAGGUUGACGCACUACCUCAAGAGCGGGCAGGCAUCUGCAGCGCUCAACGAACUCGAACGACACAUGGACUGGUUUAGAGCGCGUGGACUCUACUUGAUCCUGCGCGAAAAGCUGCAGAUCAGCCUCUGGCGCAAUCUGUCCCGCAAAUGGUGA